AUGCGUCUUUUAUCAUUCGCCAAUUUGUUCUUCUUCUUUGCUUUGAUCAUGGUUCUUCACGGUAAAUUAAUUCACAAACGAAAUGCAAAUGGAAUCUUGAGUAUACCUACAAAUAACAAUGCUAAUGGUGAUCAAGAAGCUGUAUCCAAUACGGAUUCUCUUGGUACAAAUCGUAUUCCAGCCCGUAUACGAAAUCGCUAUCAUAUGUUUGGAAAAAAAUAA